AUGGACGCGGAAGAAGAUGACGGGAUGGAAAGUUUUGACAUCAGUGAACGAGACUUGGAGUAUGCUUUGAAUCCGGGAUAUCGUCGCGGAUUAUCAAAGGAUCAACAAUUAUAUGGUAUUUGGGCUGAUCGUGAGGAAAGUGACAAUGAAGAUAUACAUGCUGGGUUCGGUUCAAAAGGUUCAAAGAAGCAAAAUAAAAAUUAUUCCGCACCAGUGACAUUCGUCAGUGGUGGUAUAAAAUAUGGUAAUGCAAUUGAAGGGGAGAAUAAAAAUGAUGAUAAUGAUAGAAUGGAUGAUGAACCAGUUUCUGUAGCAAAGCCACGGCGGUCAUUUCGUCGACAGGCAGGUGCAAAUGUUUUUGCCGGACUUCGUUUGUCGUCAACGCAUAGUGUGGUGGAUCCUGACAAAUUCGCAGAUUGGGCGAAACAUUCCAAAUCUGAUGUGAUUAUGAAAAUGAUGCGUAAAAUGGGUUAUGUACCGGGACAAGGGCUGGGCGCAAAUAAACAGGGUAUUGUGGAACCCAUUCAAGCGGUUCUUCGACCAGGGAGAGCAGCAGUAGGUGCCUACGGAAGAGAAUCUAAAGGACCGAACUUUGGAGAAUCAGCGGGAGAGUCACAAAAAAGAGCGGAAAACAGUAAAGAUGAUGAAAAAGUUGAAGAACCAGCGAGGCGGGGAAAUUGGAAAAAGAUUGGUUCGAAGAAAAGUGUGAAAUAUCAGUACAAAACGAUUGAUGAAGUGAUUGCGGAAGGCGGACCACUCAAGCAACGACUCAACAGUGGAAGUAGUGGUGUCAAAGUUAUCGACAUGACAGGCAAGGAACAAAAAAUUUAUUCCGGUUAUGAUGCUUACGCAGCUAAGACCAGAGCGGUCGCAGAAGCACAGAUGGAACGUCUUGCAUUUGAUGUACCAGAAUUGAUGCAUAAUUUAAAUUUGUUAAUCAACGAAACUGAAGAAACAAUACGUCAAAAUGACCGGCAAAUGCGCUUCCUAAGAGACCAAACAGCAGCUCUCGAAAAUGAUAGUGUUCAAAUACAGGCUGCUUUGUCGAAAGAACGUGAAGAGCAAGAACGGGUGGAAGAACUAAGUGACUUAUUGGAAAGGUUCUCUGUCAAAAGCGAUGAAGGAAAUAUAACGCUUGAUGAAUGUCGAGAAUUAUUCCAGAAAAUGCAGACAGAAUACUUUGAGGAAUAUCGUUUGUUCAGAUUGGAAGAAAUAGCUAUCGCAAGCGUUUUACCACUAAUUCAGCAUUACUUCUUAACGUGGAAUGCUUUUGACGACGAACAAAUGAACUACGGUAUCGCGUUAAUGAGUGAAUGGAAAAAGAUACUGGAAAUAGAACAGCGUGGUAUAUUCAAUGUCACUAAAAGUUUAGAAAACCUCUCACCGUUUGAGCGACUUCUUUGGGAUGGAUGGAUGCCGGUGAUGAGAAAAACUGCGCUACGGUGGAAUCCACGAGACGAUCCCCAAUCGAUGUUGCAUGUCGUUGAAAAAUGGCUACCUUUAUUACCUUUAUGGAUGCGCGAGAAUCUUCUAGAACAAAUAAUAAUUCCACGAAUAGCUGCUCAAGUGGACGAAUGGAAUCCUCUAACGGAUCGCAUACCUAUUCAUACAUGGUUACACCCGUGGCUGGAUGUAAUGGGUGAUCGACUUCAGUCGAUCUUUUCCCCUAUUAGACAAAAAUUAGCUAAAGCAUUGAAAGAGUGGAAUCCAACGGACAGAAGUGCCUUGUCUAUGCUUCGACCAUGGAAAGGUUGUUUUGCAUCAGCAACUAUGUCUGCUUUUCUGGCAAUGAACAUUAUACCCAAACUUGAGAAGGCUUUGCAAGAGAUGACUUACGAUCCUACAAAAAAUCAUCGGUACGAUGAAUUUUAUGCUGUGCUGGACUGGGUUGAACUGAUUGGUAUGGAAGGUAUUGCCACUAUGCUGGUACGUAGUUUCUUCCCAAAGGUAAUGAUUUAA